AUGACCCAACGGGAGCCUACACGGUCGCCAUCUGAUCAAAGUGGCUCGCGACCAGGGCCCCCUCCUUCUCGUCGCAAACGCGAUAUUUCGACACCAUUCAUGGGGAAAUCCUCUACCGUCGACGUAGAAUGGCUGGAAUCGCAGAUUACACACCCAGGUUCAGCAGUAGGGCUAUGUAAUGCUGAGUAUCAGUUCAAGACAUGUUCUAUAAAAGAGACAUUACCUUGCACACCCACGGAAGAUGGACUGGGGACAAAAUCCACCAAAAUUGUUUGGCUCCCACUUCACGAGGAGUCAAAGCAAAUAGUCCACAAGUACCUCACAGACAUCACGUUCCUCCAUCAUGUUGUGCAUGGUCCCUCAGUUUGGUCACUUGUCGAUGAACUUUACGAGAACCUGGCCACGAAAAGCCCUGUCAAGCUGGGCCAAGUAUCUCUGCUCCUAGCAAUUCUAGCCAGCACCGCCUUCUUCUGGACUGAGCGAGACAUGCACCGAGCGGUGUUUCCCUCGGUCGUCAAGGCCAAUGACCUAUCCAAAAGGUGGAUGGCAGCUUCUUUCGAGAUUCUGGAAUAUUCCCGUUUUACCUGUUCAGAAUCUCUCGAGGACGUUCAAGCCCUUAUCAUUGUCGCCUUCCUGGUGGCCAACAUCGUUGGUCUUACCUCUCAGGCUAGAUAUCUCUUCUCGACAGCAAUCUCAGUUGCAUGGCAGCUGUCACUACACUUGAUCGAUCACAAAUAUAAUGCCGAGCUCAGUAUUGCUCACCCCAACACCGUGAGAGCAGAAAUAGGAAGGAGGGUGUGGUGGUAUCUUGUCGCAACCGACUGGUAG